UUUUAAUCGUUUUAUUGUACCUAACCGCAUUUUGAUUUUCAAGUAUUCUCAAACCAGAAUGGGGAAUGCGGCUACCAAGGCGCGCGAGGCGCACGCGCAGGCCAAGAGCAAGCCGAAGAACAACCGCAGCGUGCAGCAACAGAAGCUCAAGUCCGCCAAGGCUACUGGCGUGCUGGCGCUACCUGACAGCAAGCUGAAAAAGCUGCCACAAGAGCUACUGGAACUGGCGACACUGCGUACGUUGGACCUUACGGGCAACAAACUGAGCGAGUUGCCGCCACAGUUAAACAAUCUCAAGACGCUCAAGACACUCAAGGUUUCCUCCAACGUCCUGGAGUCACUGCCGGGUCUGUCAAAGCUCGAGGCGCUCACCACGUUGGUACUGGACGGCAACGUUCUCGAGGAUAUUCCCAAUGCUCUGCCACCUAAUCUGACCAAGUUAUCGCUCAAGGGCAACAGGCUUCGUUCGGUGCCUCGAAGUGUACUGGAGCUUGCUCAACUGCAGGAGCUGGACUUGUCGGGCAAUGCGUUAGAGACGUUGCCCUCGAAUUUGGGCGAGAUGCAGGAGCUGCUGGAGCUCAAUGUAGACGACAAUAAGCUGACAGAACUGCCAGCUGCUCUGGGGAGAUGCCCCAAGCUUAAGGUCCUGUCGGCUCGUCGGAACACUCUCGUUGGGCGGUCGGCGGGUGCGACAGUACAAUCCAUUGCUGCUGAGCUACUGGGAGAAGGCUCAGCGGUUCAGGUGAUGAACUUAGAAGGAAACCCCAUGACUAAGGAAGACUUGCAAGGGAUGAACGGCUUCGACGCGUUCCUUACUCGGCGCACAAAGCUCAAGAACAAGGAGAUCCACGGCGGUUUGAACUCGGAUCUGAGUCUCUGUGGACUCGAAUAGAAGCGCGGUGCUGAUGGUGUAAAUAUUGUUGAAUAUGUUGUUUUUUUUUUUGGGCAUUGUUUUACG